UUCAGUAAUCGCUUCCUUUGGUUCCGCGCGGCCAGUCGUUUCAUAUCAUUUGUUGUGCGCGCGUUUGACGUUAUAGUAUUAUAUUAGAAUAACAAGAAUUUAAAAGUUCGCUUGAUUAUUUUUUAUAAUAUUUAGACAGUGCGUAUAGUUUACCGUUGUCGAUUCAUAAUUAUUUAUUUAAAUUUUUUGCGUAUAAUUACUGUAAUAUAAUUUGCGCAUAAUUAACUGUUUUGUGGUUAUAGCUGUUAUUGCUUUUGUUUGGUGUCGGAGUUCUCUAUUACAUAGAAAAUCUACUGGAAUACUAUUUUGGUUUAACAAUCGAAAGAGUCGUUGCUGUACAAGACAAGGGGAAACGGGAUCGUUUAGAGUAAGGAUUUUUGCUUUGGUCGUACGUCAUCAUCCCAACCGUCAUCGAAUGACGUCCAGGAUGUGGUGUAUAACUGAGACGUCACCAUCAGCAACAGCAGCAGCAUCGUUGGUGAAGCAGUAACAGUAGCAAUAAUUCACAAACUGAGUGUAGCCUCUUUUUCUAUUUAUUAUUCGCAGUUUUUUUUUUUUUUCAAUUUUUUAAAUAUUUUCUUACUGUAUUUAUAUUAAUAUAAAUACACAUACAUAUUAAAUAUUAAGUAAUAUACUUAAUAUUUACUGUAUUUAGUAAACUGUAUAGUGAACGAAGAGUAAGCCUGGCUAACUUCAAAGGAUUAGAAGCAACUAUAAUUAUAAUUAACCGGUGUUACUACCAGUUAAACUUUUGGUGAAGUAGCUAAUGGACUGUGUUGUCAAUAUGAAUUGGAUAAAUACAAACUUGAUAGUCUUUAUAUCACUAAUUGUGGGAAGUAUUUGUGGUCCCUUUUCAAUCGAUGACACGAUAAUACAAUGUUCAGUACGACGAAGUAUAACACCGUGCACGUGUAGCUAUAAUAGUUUGAUGGUCAAGCCUCGAAUUCUAGUAGUAUGUCAGAAAAUGGAGUCCUUUGAGAGCGUCAUCGAAGCCCUGCAGAAUAAGUUCGAUGCUUUGUUCGACUAUGUGCUUAGCAUUGAGUACUCGGAACUACAUGACCUCCAUAACAGGAAGUUCAAUGAACUUGGCAUACCUAUUGUGGACCUCAAGCUUAAUAAUAAUAAUCUCAGCUCACUACCAGACGACGCAUUUAUUGGCAUGAACAAAAUAAGAAUAUUAUAUUUAUCUGAUAACCGACUGACUGAAGUUCCAACUCAAAUUUUUAAGCACAUGCCUAGUAUUGAGGUGUUGAAUUUAGCUAGAAAUUCGAUUCACAGUGUUGCAUCGGGAGACUUCCAAAGUCUGUCUCUUAUGAGUACGUUCGUAAUGGCUACGAAUAAUUUGACUGAUAUCACAAACGGAUCAUUUCCGAAGACUUUGAGAAAAGUACAGCUUGGAGCCAACAAUUUAACAGAAUUAAAUGGAAAUCUCAGAAAUCAAAAAGAUUUAGAAUGGUUAUGGCUAGAAAACAACCGAAUAAAAUCUUUGGAUGGGGAGUUACCUGAAGAUAACGACAGUCUUAUAUCGCUAACUGUGUCAAAUAAUAUGUUGGAUCACUUACCACCUGAGAUGAAUAGUUUGAAGGCACUAAGAUAUUUUUAUUGUGCUGGCAAUCAACUGACAACUUUGAAUAACACUCUAUCUAGGUCGAAAAAACUUGUGUGGUUAGACUUGACUGGGAACAAAAUUGAAGAGUUGGACUCUAAUGAAUUUCAAGAAGCCAGUCAGAUGGCUACACUCGAACUUAGUAACAACCGUAUUAGAAGGUUGAAUAAAUCAUUAUUGCCCCUUAAUAUAUUAUCUGAACUCAAUUUGUCGCAUAAUAAUAUGACAGAGUUUUCAUUUGCUGAGAUUAAAGGACUCAAAGAUCUAAAAAUCGUUGAUUUGUCGCAUAAUAAAAUUUCCAAGCUCAGUGGACAUACAGAGAUAUUGAGUGAACCUGUGACAGGCGUUGAACACCUGAAAUUAGAUCAAAACGAAUUAAUUUCCUUGGGAGGUACAUUGAUUGGAAUUACAACCCUUAAAAGACUAAAUAUAAGUCAUAAUAAAUUUAUUGAAUUAUCGCCAUAUGACUUAACAGGAUUAAAUUUAGAUGUAUUAGACGUAUCACAUAAUUUCUUACAUGUUCUUCCAGAUUCUUCUCAGAUUCAUUUACCAGUUCUCGAGACGUUAAUAGCUUCAUAUAAUUCUUUAAGCAGUCUAACGAACGAUUUCCAUGGAUAUCCAGUUCUAUGUCAUGCUGAUCUCGAGUACAACAAUAUUGUUACAUUAAGAGAAGAAUUGGUAGAAAUGACACAGUGUAAGCUGCAUGGAGUUAAUAGCACGAUGCAAAUCUACUUAGAAGGAAAUCCAGUUUUGUGCGAAGAUAGCACCAAAAUUAUAACCAAAAUAAUGCAACAGAAACACAAUGCCGAAGUGAGUGGGACCGCUCAAUGUGCACUUGUUACUAAUGAUAUUAAAUCGAACUUGACUACUAUGGACACGUCUGCCAUCGCAGUGAUAGCUGCCUGAUCCAUCGCCUAUUAAUUAUUAAGCGAUCAGUUGAUAAUUGAAAGAUAAUUAUUUUCGUGUUAAUACUAUAAUUAUUAUUUAUAGACAUCCACUUAUUAUUUCUUUAUAUUUAUUAUUUGUUUUUACUUUCCUGUUAAUAAUGAAUGUUUUUUGUUGUUGUAUUUCCGGACCAUGUCAGUCUUUAAGCUGUGACCUAACUCUGAAAUCGCCUAUUUGUCUUGUACCUAAAUACGCAUAAUUAUAAUCUUUUAACGUUAGCUUAAAUAUAAAUGAUAUGAUUAAUGUAAUGUUUAAUUUAAUGGUCUAGUCUAGAUUGUAUCGCGACGAUAUAAUAAGGUAAUUUUAUUUAUAAUAAUUACUAUUAAUAGUACGAAAUGUAUGCAUUUGUGUGUAUUAUUUUCAUUACAAUGGUAUUGCUUUCAUUACUAUCAAAAUAUUGUUGAAGAUGAGAAUCAAAUUGUUUUUUGGUUCAGCACAUUAUACAAAACUGUUAUACUGGAAUUGUAAA